AAAACAUGGUAAAAAAAUAAUCAUGGCUAAUACUUGUAGUUCUCUGUGAAUGUUCCAGCGGUUAAAUCUUCCUGCGCCAUGUCGCUACGUCUAAUAUGGAUGAAGUGAACGUGGUGUCUCUUGCUGUUGGGAGAUGUGUGGACGCCUGCUGCCUGCUGCUCGACCUGGUUGUCAGGACGUUCAGCUGGCUGCUUCGCUUCCUGUCCGCCAUGGGCGUUUCCUUCCACAGCACGCUGGUCACCCUGAGCAGCUCCACUUUGGUCGAAUACUGGAACUUUGCUCUUUUCUCCUUCCUUACCGCCACCGAGGCCGUCUCCAGCGCUGCCCACGCAGCCCUGCACGCUGUGGAGGGCUGGCUGCAGACGCUGGGAGGUGUCUUUGAAAGUUUCAAGAUGAUCGGACACCUAUUCUGUCAUGUGGCGUGGCGCACCAAGGACGUCCUGCACCGCGGGUUUAUUUUAGGGAGCUGCAUCCUGCGACAGACAUGUGAGGGCGUCCUCAUCGCGCUCAGCCUCGUUCUCUACUUCGUCAACACGGUGGUCAACAUCGUGCUCAUCAGCACGCAGAACUGUCUGUCUGUGUUGGCGGGUGUCUGGGAGGCGGUGGCGGGCCCUGUCCACAAAGUAGCGGAGCUGGCUCUGAAUCUGCUGACCUUCCUGUACAGCUGUCUGGUCGGCGCCUCUGUGUUGCUGUGGACGCCCUGCCAGCUGCUGCUGGACUUCCUGGGAGCGCUGGGACGUGUCUUCAUCACUGUUUUCAUGGUUGACUCACACGGCCUGCUCGUCACAGCGGCCAUCAUCUCACUGGCUUUGCUGGUAUUGAACCCUCGGCUUCCUGUCCUUGCUGGACAGCUGAGCCUCCGUUUGGUCACCGCUCUGCCGGGGGCCCGUGGCAUAGAGACCACCUUUCGCAGGCUGUACGCGGUGAUGCUGGAACCAGCUCUGGUCUACCAGGAAGUCCACACCAGGGCAGGACAGGACACGAGCAGGACGAGGCUCCUGGACACAGACACGAGCGGCUUAAUGACUGAGGCCGACCCGCUGCCAGCGAGUAGCCUGAGCCAGCCGGAGUCAGUGCAGCCUCACGCUCAGCAGGACGGAGAGCCGGCGAGCGGCAGCAGCAGGAUGAGUACAUCCGAGCCGAGCUCGGUGGGGGAGGACGGCGAGCUGCUCACCAUGCUGAAGGAGCAGGAAGAGAGGAAGAAGUGUGUCAUCUGCCAGGACUUGAGCAAGACGGUGCUGCUGCUGCCGUGCCGUCACCUCUGCCUCUGCCGGCACUGCGCCGACAUCCUGACGCAGCGCAGACCCGCCCAGCAGCGCUGCUGUCCGCUGUGCCGGCAGCACAUCUCACAGACCUUGGACGUCUUCCUCUGAUCGGUGAUGGAUGAACAAUUACAAACUGCAGCGCACAAGAGAAACGUGGCUUUGUGGUUGCUUUUUCUGUAGAGCUACAACAAUUAAUCAAUUAAUCUAAUAGUUGAUCGACAGGAAAAUAAUAAGCAACUAUUUAGAUAAUCGUUUAAUCGUUAAGAGUCAUUUUUCUAUGAUAGCAAACCGUCUGUUUUGGACUCUUUCUUGGACAAAACAAGAUAUUUGAAGCAUUGAUUUGGAAAUUGGAACUCAUCAAUCAACUGAGAAAAUUAUUUACAGAUUAAUCAAUAAUAAAAAUAAUCAUUAGUUGCAGCCUCAUCUGUGCUCUCAUAUCAAACUCAUGAAUUAAUCAUUACACGAGUAGGUAUAUCUUAAUAGCUCUUGGGUAGUCAUGCCAUUGUGUUCACCAACAAUUAUUUUUAUUAUUGAUUAUUCUGCCGAUAAGUUUUGCCUCACAACUUUGCAGAGCUCAACACGCUUCCUUCAGAUGUAGUGUUCGACCUAAAGACCAAAUACUCAGAAAUACUUAGUUUGCGAACGGUGGGACCGCGUCGUCUCGUUUCAGCAUCGUCCUCGUAACGAGAGCGUGCACAGUCUCAUCGCAGCGCGUGUCAUGGGAAAAAAGGCAAAUUAACACAAAGACGAGAUGCUACAACUUCUGUUGCUGCUUGAUUCAGAAUGAACUCACUCUCCGUGACUCAUUUACAAGAGUCUCUCUGAUAUAAUCCACUGAUUUAAAGGUUCUCAGAAACACAGAGGUUGUUGUUUAUCAAAAAACCGAAGCAGGCCCCGCCCCCUGUUAGUCAUUGACCACAACCUGAAACUGAGCGAGGAUCAGGAGAAAAACAUCAGUUAUGUAAUUAUUUCAGCUAUGGUAACGGUCACUGCUGCGUAUUGCCACUGAUUUCCUGAUUUCUUCAAAAUCUAAUCAGUUCAUCCUUCAGUCCCAGUGAAUGUUUGUGCCAAAUUUGAAGAAGUUUGGUAAAGGAGUUACUGAGAUAUCACGUCCACGGGAACGGGACGGACGGAAACCUGAAAACAAAACGGCUGCUGCUCCGACUGUCGCCGGCGGGAAGGAAUAAAAAUAUUAACGUUUACAUUAAGAAUGACAUUAAUGCACUAGUUACUUAACGUGACGGACAGUUCACACGCACGUCUCCAGAAACAAUAGGAAGGUCAGUGAUGUGCGUUGCUAACACGCUCCUGUGCACCAGCUGCGUUAGGUACGAACGGGUACACGCGACUUCUCUCGGCACAUGGCUUUGCUUUUCUCCAGCUCCUCGCCGUCAAAAGAGUUUUUAAGUCCGAAAUGUAGCCACACAUCUGCCUUUAGACCUGUGCCUUCACCGCGUCUGCCGUGGCCCUCACAUGACCAGAUGUCGUUACGUGAGACGGGUGGUCACACGAGACUAACGGGGUUAGAGCUUCAAACAUCCACGGCCCAAAUUUAAUAUCACAAACUUUUCUGUUUUAAUAUCAUUAUAAAUGAAUGAUAAAGUAAUUGAUUAAUGAGUUCAUCACACAGUCACUAUCUUAGCGUUUGAGGGACCAUUGUGGAACAGUUAUGUAAAAUAUCUUUGCCAAAAGCAGUUGUAAAAUGAAUUGCCACAGGGCUGAACAAGCCACCGUAGAUGAUCACCACUACAGUGCACAUGUCCAUCAGACCCUGUGUAGAUAUCAUUUCAUAUGAAAUACUGGAAAUAUAUUCAGAUAUGACUGGAAUUUUUUUAAGUUAUGUAACUCAUCUAACCGAUCAGUAUUAAGUACAGCUCGUACACAAACAUUUAAUAAAUGGUUUAUAACACACUAUAACGUAGUUGUAAACGGAUAUAAAGACAUUAAGUCAAAAAUAUUCAUAGUCGUAACGGCUCCUAUGAAAACAUUUUAUAUUAUUCCAGCUGUAUUUUACUGUGUUGUUAAUUAUCUGUUUAUACAGGAGGAGAUAGAGUUGUGAACAAAUACUUUAUACAUACAUAUACAGAAAACACAACUACAUCAUAGUGUGUUAUAAACCAUCUAUUACAUGUUUAUAUGCAAAUAUUUUAUUUUAAAGUCGCCUUGUUUUUUUUUACUUUUGAGACAAAGAAAGAAACUUGAACAUGUUCAUUUCUGGAUUCCAGAAACUGUGACAGACAUUUUUCAAUAUUUCCUGACAAUUUAUGGACCUAACAAUCAAUACUGAAAAUCAUCAUGAUCAAUACAUUAUUUUACAUUUUCUUUUACAUUUCAGAAAAAGUUUAGAGUUUAUUUCUAUUGGCUAAACCUUGUUCAUUAAUGUUUUGAUUGCCUUUUGUUCUUUUUUUAAAAAUCAAUUUCCAGUUGCACUAUCUGUAUUACACUGGUCUCAGUAGAAGCACAAAUAUUGAACUCCAUUUCUGCACAUUGGUAUUUAACCUUCAAAUGUGGAAGUAUGUUUAUCUUCUGAGAGAGUGCCAUCAACUCUGAAAUGCCAAAACAAGGAAACGUUCUUAAAUCUCUAGAUAUGUAAAGAAAUGUGGAAGGUCACUGGCUGCUGAUUAUUAACACUGGAUUUAUACACUUGAGGUUUUGUGCCAAAGACUUUAAGUUACAAUUGUUUUUGUAUUUAAAUGUAUUGUCCUGUUUUUUUUCAUAUUUCGAACUUUUUUUUUAUUUUUAUUUAAAAGUUGUCACAUUUGUUUAAGACAGAAUAUCUGCUCAGGAUGUUUAAUUUGAGUUAAUUUGAAACUAUUUUAAGUUUUAACAUGUAAUAGACGAUGCCUUCUUUUAGCGCACUGCUACAGAUUACAAAACAUAAAAAACUGAGUGAAUCA